AUGAGUCUCCGGUCAGAUGCCUUCCCCGUGCCCUGUGGCCAGAAGCCAGGCCAGGUCUCCAAGGACCAGAGCUUCUGCACUCAGGUACUGGAGAUGGUGCUGCACUUGCAACGGCGCAUAGAUGAGCACUUCCUCCUGCUGACCACAACGAGGCAGAGCCUACAACUGGAAGAACAGAAGCACGCUCAGUCUAUCCGUGUGCAGGAAGUUCUCCUGGACCACUUAAUACACCAGAUGGUCAGCUUCCUAGAGUCUGGGGCCACGAGUGGCCUGGAGCACCAAGUUUCUCUCCUUUCCCUGGAGUCUAGCAGUGAUGUCAGAAGUGCACAGAGGGCCCAGUCAUCCAGACAUCCUGGCCAGCUAAUUCCCAAGUGGACUGACUUUGAACCUGCCUUUGUCAGCCACGACCUGUCCAACCGUGGGUCUGAUAUCUCUGUCUUAUACCACUCCAGCUUCCAGGACUACAAUGCCUACCAAGGAGACAAGUACCAUGAGGACAAGAACACCUUGGGCUUCAUUAACCUUGGCACCAGUGAGAACAAGCUUUGCAUUGAUCUGAUCAUUGAAAGGUUGUGUCGGAGUGACAUGAACCACAUUGAUGAAGUCCUGCUGCAGUACUCUGAUUGGAGAGGGCAGCCGUUCCUGCGGGAAGAAGUGGCCCGGUUCCUGACCUACUACUGCAAGGCACCUGCCCGACUUGAUCCAGAAAAUGUGGUGGUUCUAAAUGGCUGCUGCUCUGUCUUCUCCGCGCUGGCCAUGGUUCUGUGUGAUCCUGGUGAGGCCUUUCUGGUCCCUACUCCCUUCUAUGGUGGCUUUGCCUUUAGCUCCCGCCUGUAUGCGAAAGUCGAGCUGGUUCCCGUUUACCUGGAGAGUGAGAUCACUGGGACAAACACCUGUCCUUUCCAGCUCACUGUGGACAAACUGGAGGACACCCUACUUCAAGCUAGACUUAUGGAGAAAAAGGUCAGAGGCCUUGUGCUGACCAACCCUCAGAAUCCUCUGGGUGACGUCUACUCCCAAGACUCACUGAAGGAAUACCUGGAAUUUGCCAAGAGAAAUGACCUACAUGUGAUCAUAGAUGAGAUUUACAUGCUGUCUGUGUUUGAUGAAUCUAUCACAUUCCACAGUGUUCUGAGCAUGGAAAGUCUGCCUGAUCCCAACAGGACCCAUGUGAUCUGGGGUACCAGUAAGGAUUUUGGCAUCUCUGGCUUCCGCUUUGGUGCUCUCUACACCCACAACAAGGAGGUGGCCUCUGCUGUGGGCUCCUUUGGCUACCUCCAUGGUAUCUCUGGCAUCACCCAGCACAAAUUGUGUCAGCUGCUCCAGGACAGAGAAUGGAUUGACACAGUAUACCUGCCCACAAACCACUUCCGGCUCCGGAAGGCUCACGCGUACAUCACUAACAAGCUGCAGAGCUUAGAGAUCCCCUUUCUCUGUCGUGGAUCUGGCCUCUAUGUCUGGAUCAACUUGAAAAAGUACCUGGAGCCAUGUACGUUUGAGGAAGAAUGGCUUCUCCAUCGCCGCUUCCUGGACAACAAGCUGAUGCUGUCCUGUGGCAAAAACUAUAUGUGUAAGGAGCCUGGCUGGUUCUGCCUCAUCUUUGCAGAGAGGCCCCUCCGGCUAAAACUAGCCAUGCUUCGUUUCUGUCGGGUGCUAGAGGAGCAGAAGCAGGAGUGGAUAGAGAAGCAACUGGCAGAUGCAAUGAAGGAGUAGGCCAUCUGCCAUCCCAA